CUCAACCCAUUUUAUUUUAUUUUAUUUUUAAUUUCUCCAUUUUCUCUCUUUCUUUUAAAUAAACAAAAUGAAUUCCCCCUUUCUCAUCGAUCAUCAUCACCAACCUCCGAAUUCCACAACCAAACCCUAAUUUCCACUAUUCAAACCCCAAAUGUCCCAAUUCUCACUCUUCCUCUGCUUCUAUCUCCUCCUGUUCUACUCUAUACUAGGGCCAUGUUCAUCUCAACAAUGUCCAAUGAAUUUCACUAUACUCAGAAAUUUCGGCCAGCAAUUAUCAAAAAAUUCAGACCUUGACGACAACUCAAUGGAUUGUAGAUACAUACUACAAGGAUUACGCUUAGUACAGUCAGAAUAUCUUAAGAAAAGUGGGUAUUUCUUGCCUCCUGUAAAUUCUUCUCAAUCUUGCUGGGAUACUUAUCAAAAUCUUGUUUCUGAGUUUGUGCCCAAUUUUAAAAUACUUCAAAAUUGUGGGUUUGAAAAGAAUUGGAUUUCUCAAGGGUGUAUGAAUAUCACAUCAAAAUCAGAAUUUGAGAACCAAAUUCCUAAUACUUUGUUACAAGAUGUGUAUAGGUAUUGUAAUCCGAGUUUAGCUGAUUCGAAUUGUGCGUCGUGUAAUACAAGGCUAUCGCAAGUACAAGCGAGUUAUUUGAAUGGUUCACAAGUCGGUAAUGUUACUGAAUGUAGUAUGUAUCCAGCUAUUUAUGUUGCUGGUUUAGUUAAUCAGUUCGGUCCAUUAGAUGAUGACACUACUAAAUGUUUGUUUUCACUUGAUUUGACUGGGGUUGGGGCGGGGACGAAGAAGCAUAAAGGGUUGAUUGUUGGGAUUUCGGUAGGCUUUGCGAUUGGUUUGGUUGGAUUAAUUUGUGGGUUGUUGUUUUUGUUUUCGAGGCAUAAGAAAUUGAAGAGAAAGAAGAAAAGGGUCAAGAUUAUGACAAGGGCGUUUUCUGGGUUGGAGUCAAUUGGUCAUAGUACUACACUUGUUAGAUAUACAUUUGAUGAGAUUAAACGAGCAACUAGAAAUUUUCAUAGAGAUAAUAUAGUUGGGAAAGGAGGAUAUGGGAAUGUGUACAAAGGGGUGUUACCUGAUGGGACUGAAAUAGCUUUAAAAAGAUUUAAGAAUUGUUCUGCUUCUGGUGAUCCGAGUUUUACUCACGAAGUCGAGGUUAUUGCGAGUGUUAGGCAUGUGAACUUACUUGCAUUAAGAGGAUAUUGUACUGCCACUACUCCUUAUGAAGGUCACCAGAGGAUAAUUGUAUGCGACUUGAUGAGAAAUGGAAGCCUUCACGAUCAUCUAUUUGGGUCUGUGCAGAAGAAGUUGAGUUGGGCUGUUCGUAAAAAGGUCGCUCUGGGGAUGGCAAGGGGUUUGGCUUAUUUGCAUUAUGGAGCCCAACCAUCUAUCAUUCACAGGGAUAUAAAGGCUGGUAAUAUUCUCUUGGAUGAGGAUUUUGAUGCCAAGGUGGCAGAUUUUGGCCUUGCAAAGUUUGCGCCAGAGGGUGUGACUCAUUUGAGUACAAGAGUGGCUGGGACAUUGGGUUAUGUUGCCCCUGAAUAUGCUUUGUAUGGGCAGUUGACAGAGAGAAGUGAUGUUUAUAGUUUUGGAGUUCUCCUUCUUGAGCUUUUGAGUGGGAAGAAGGCUCUUACAUCUACUACUGAUAAUCAGACUUCGCUUUUGACUGAUUGGGCAUGGUCACAAGUAAGAAGAGGAAGAGCACUUAAUGUUAUAGAAGAAGGAAUGCCAGAGUUGGGUUCACCAGAAAUCAUGGAGAAGUAUGUACUGCUUGGGGUUCUUUGUUCCCAUCCACAACUAUAUGCUAGACCUACUAUGGAUCAGAUUGUGAAGAUAAUGGAAACCAAUUUGCCUGUUCCCGCAAUUCCUGAUCGACCUAUAUCAAUUGUAGCAGAGAUCAGCGAUAUUGAAAGAUCUGUAAGCAGUAGUGGAUCUGGUGGUUCUGGUUAUCUUUCUAGUUGUACUGGUUACCAAGCAUUUACCCCUGAAGGUCAUAAUCAAAGUUCUAACCAGAGGCAGAGCGGAUGAACUCAAUCAUUUCUAAAUCAACGAGUCAAAGCUCUUACAAAAGUAACCAGCCUUUGGACGCCUCAAACAACAUUUGCUCAACGGCUCCCAUCACCACCGGUAUGUCAUCGGAACAUUGACUCACACUACAAAACACAUGAACUUUUUGAAGCCAGAAAUGUAUAAUACAAUGCAUAAAUCCAGACCUUUCCUCUUUAAUAUAUAACGUGAAAGAUUAGGGGAUAUAGAUAUGAGGAUUUUGUAUUUGGAUGUGAGAUGGUGGGUGAAACUGUACAUUUUAGUAUCUUGUUUGUUUAGUAACAGUCACAUAAGAACACUUAUUUUGUCCCUAUGGGUUUCAGUUUUUUGUUUCUGGGGAUUUUUCUUGCUCAACAUUAAACUCAUUUAGGUGGCAAUUUCACCUCGAAGGACCCUGCGAAAUGUGCAGCCUGGUCUUGAUUAAAUUAUGCAUAUAUGUAAAUUUUUCUUGGGUGUUAAGGAAAACAUAAUGUGUGGUUAUUUUUUUUCUUA